AUGCCCGGCCGCCUGCUUUCCUUCGUGAAGGCGACACCGUCGUCAUCCCACAAGGCCUCCCAGAAGACCCAAAAGUCGCCCUCUGCUCCCACCUCGCUGCUCCCCCCCUACUCGCUCGAUCCCCCGCCGUCUGCCACCCCGCCCAACCCGAGGACCAGGUCCGAGGAGUCGCUCGUUAUGGAUGUAUUCAAGCGCCACAGCCUUGGGUCGCGCCAUGACAGAAAGAGCCCCAAGAUCGAGCCUCAACAGCCGGCCACCAUCGAUAUGGAGUUUGAGUCCCCGCCCGUUGUCUUCUACAACUCCCCCGCUACCUCCACCGGCGCACUUCUCUCAGGCCAGCUCAAGCUCCAUGUUGCAGAGCCACACCUCACCCUCAAGAGUUUUGACAUGCGCCUCCUCGCUGUUGUAGCCACCAAGAGACCGGUUGCGCCCCACUGCCCCGAUUGCCUCACCCAAACCACCGAACUGCACAAGUGGGAGUUCCUCGCAGCGCCCGUGACCAGGAAAUACAAUCACGGCGUGCACUACUUCCCCUUUAGCCACCUCCUUCCCGGCCAUCUCCCAGCGACCACCCAGGGAAGCUUGGCCACCUUGAACUACUACCUCACCGUUACCGCAACCACCUCUUCGGGCGAGCGCAUCGCCUUCAAGCGCGAGCUCGACAUCAAGCGUGCCAUCUACCCUGGCAAUGAGAAGCACUCCAUUCGCAUCUUCCCUCCUACCAAUCUGACCGCAUCCGUCACCCUCCCCCCUGUCAUCCAUCCCAUCGGCGACUUUCCCAUCGAGAUGCGCCUGUCCGGCAUAGUACAGAAUUUGCCUGAUUCGCAAACCCGGUGGAGGCUACGAAAGCUGAAUUGGCGCAUCGAAGAGACGCAGAAGUUCAUCGCACCCGCCUGCUCCAAGCACGCUUCCAAAGUCGGCGGAGAAGGCAAAGGGGUGCUGCACGAGGACAUUCACGUCGUCGCUACCGAUGAAGUCAAGCACGGCUGGAAGACCGACUUCGAGCAGGGCAACAUCGACGUCGAGUUCCGCGCAGCCGUCAACCCCGCGUUAAAGGCCGUAUGCGACAUGGAGAGCCCCAACGGAAUGCAGGUCAAGCACAAUCUCAUCAUCGAGAUGGUGGUUGCCGAGGAGUGGGCUCCGUUGAAGAAGCUGAGUCAAGCGACGCCGACAGGAGCUGCUCGUGUGCUGCGCACUCAGUUCCAUCUCGUCCUGACUGAGCGGUGCGGAAUGGGCAUUUCGUGGGACGAGGAGCAGCCGCCCCUAUACGAGGAUGUGCCGUGCUCUCCCCCUACCUAUGUCGAAGAUUGCCAGUUCGAUGAUCAUGACGACUCGCUACGGCUGUGA